UCUCUCUCUCUCUCUCUCUCUCUCUUUUUUUUUUAAUUUUGAAAAAAGAAAAAGAAAAGAAAGAAAAAGAAAAGAAAAGCACUUGGCACUCAGCUUCUCUCAGAACAAACUGCCCAAAACUUGGCGUCUCGAAACGGCCCUCCAUUACAUAACAAAACACACACACACACACACACACACACACAGAGACAUACUCUUUCUUUUUUGAACUCUCAAAAGAUACAUAGAUGUAUACGUAGAUCGAAUGCGAGCUCUCCUUCUGCUGGUUGUUUCCUAGAUUGAUAUUUUAUUAUAUUAUAAUUUUUGUUUUUCUGUUUCUGUUGAAUCUGUUGUUGUUGUUAUAUUAUUUGGAUUUGAAAGUGUUGAUAAAGUGCUGCCGAGGAUGAUGGGCUCAGCUUCAUUAUCGUCUCCCCUGUGCACGUGGCUGGUGGCGGCGUGCAUGUCGGUCACGUGCUCAAAGGAGAACAGACACGCGUUCUUCUCUUCAUCGACACCGGGCACCACCAGCAGUCACAGUCGUACAAGAAGGAGGCCUAAAUAUAAUAGUAUCAGCACCCCUGCCUCUCAAUCUUUCUUUAAUUCUUUAUCAUCUUCUGGAUCGAGUUUUCAACAAUUAAUGUCUUCUUGCUUGGCCUUCGAGCCUUGUAGUCAUUACUACAGCUCUAAUGGCCUCUUUCCUAACACUCCUCUUCUUCCUAAGCGCCAUCCUAGACUUCAUCAUCGCCUUCCUCGUUCUGGGGAAGCAAUGGCAGUGGCUGUGCAACCUGAAAAGGAGGUUGCAACAAAUAAGAAACCUCUUAUGAAGCAAAGGAGAGUAGUUGUUACUGGGAUGGGUGUUGUUUCACCCCUUGGUCAUGAUAUAGACGUCUAUUACAAUAAUCUUCUUGACGGUUCUAGUGGUAUUAGUCAGAUUGAUUCCUUUGACUGUGCCCAAUUUCCUACGAGGAUUGCUGGAGAGAUCAAGUCUUUCUCAACUGAUGGAUGGGUUGCACCAAAACUUUCCAAGAGAAUGGAUAAAUUCAUGCUUUACAUGCUUACUGCUGGCAAAAAAGCCUUGGCAGAUGGUGGUAUUACAGAGGAUAUGAUGGAUGAAUUGGAUAAAGCUAGAUGUGGAGUUUUAAUUGGUUCUGCAAUGGGUGGCAUGAAGGUUUUCAAUGAUGCAAUUGAAGCAUUAAGGAUCUCGUAUAGGAAGAUGAAUCCUUUCUGCGUACCUUUUGCGACUACAAAUAUGGGCUCUGCCAUGCUUGCAAUGGACCUUGGUUGGAUGGGGCCAAACUAUUCAAUAUCUACUGCUUGUGCUACUAGCAAUUUUUGUAUAUUGAAUGCCGCAAACCACAUCAUUAGAGGCGAAGCUGAUAUUAUGCUUUGUGGUGGCUCAGAUGCAGCAAUUAUACCUAUUGGCUUGGGAGGUUUUGUGGCAUGCAGAGCGCUCUCACAGAGGAAUGAUGAUCCUACAAAAGCUUCACGACCUUGGGAUAUGAAUCGGGAUGGAUUUGUGAUGGGGGAAGGAGCUGGUGUUCUUCUUUUAGAAGAACUAGAACAUGCUAAGAAAAGAGGUGCAAAUAUUUAUGCGGAAUUUCUUGGAGGAAGCUUUACAUGUGAUGCUUAUCACAUGACUGAACCGCGUCCAGAUGGAGUUGGUGUCAUUCUCUGUAUAGAAAAGGCAUUAGCGCGAUCUGGUGUAUCCAAGGAGGAAGUAAACUACAUAAAUGCACAUGCUACGUCUACCCCAGCUGGAGACCUUAAAGAAUAUGAAGCUCUUAUGCGCUGUUUCAGCCAAAAUCCUGAUUUGAGAGUGAACUCUACGAAGUCUAUGAUUGGCCAUUUACUAGGAGCAGCUGGUGCUGUGGAAGCUAUAGCAACAAUACAGGCGAUACGGACAGGAUGGGUUCAUCCAAACAUCAACCUGGAAAACCCAGAAGAAGGCGUGGACACAAAGGUGCUGGUUGGCCCAAAGAAGGAGAGAUUGGACAUUAAGGUUGCUCUGUCCAACUCUUUUGGGUUCGGUGGGCACAACUCAUCGAUCAUUUUUGCUCCGUACAAGUGAAAUAAGGGGUACUUCAACUUUGGUGUAUUAACGUGAAAGAUGAUCUAAAAUGGAACAAGAUUAGAUAACUCUAUGGGUAGGGAAAGGAGAAUAUGCCGAGUUCACAGAGAGGAAACUUCCCGUGAAGAUUCCUGUGCUUCUACCAUUUUCAGUAUUCUCUCCGCAUCAUUGUGGCUUGAUCCAUGUUGAUCCAUCGAAUACCAGUAACAGUGGCCUUAUUUAAUUUUUGUUCCAUGUAUAAGCAGACGGCUGAUCGUUGCUUUAACAGUCAAUUGUAAUGAAUUUUUGAGCUGGACAGUUGGCUAGGUUACACUAAUGUAAUGGUGGUUUUAUGAGCAUGCUUCUGCUUUGUUUCACAUGUUCUCUCAUCUGUACAAGUCCUAUAUAAUUAUCAGGAUAAAUGUUCCUAUAUGAUUAUCAGGAUAAAUGUUCAUAACCAAGAAGUUUUUGUCCGUC